AUGGAAGCCAAUGGCGAGCUUGCGGGGCACCGAUUCCCUCUUCCUGCCGACAUCAUAGUUGAGAUUCUUUCAAGGUUACCAGUCAAGUCCUUAUGCCGCUUCAGGUGCGUAUCAAAGCCCUGGCGUUCUCUAAUCUUCAACACCAAGUUCAUUGCACUGCACGCCAAGAAAGCCCUCGAGGAUAAAGAGGUAUUCUUUCGGAGACGAAGAGUCAUAUCUAACGUUGCAAGUCGUGGCCUUUACUCUAUGGACCUAGAUGAGUUUCUCAACCAUGCAGAUAAUCCUCAUGGUUCAGUAACAGCCACCGAGCUCGAUUUUGUUCGGAAAGAAUUUGAUCCAGAGCAACAACAUAAACCUCCUUGGCUUCCUUUCAUCUACUUCUGUAAUAACUUGUUGUUGUGCUAUACCAAGAAAGGGAUUUAUUUGGUUAACCCUGCAACCAGGCAGAUGAAGAAAGUAUCCAAGACACCGACGUGGAGACCUAGCCCUGCUAUCAGGAUGCGUGCUACCUUGAGCAUAUGUGGACUUGGAUUUGAUUACUCGACCAAUGAGUAUAAGGUGGUUGACGGGCAGAUGUACUGUGACAUGAGAAUCGUAUUCAGUGUCUAUAGAUUGAAAACUGAUUCUUGGCGACAGAUAGAGUACGACACUCAAUACUGUCCUGAUUAUCAUCAAGGGAUUUCUUUCAAUGGAGCUAUUCAUUGGUCGGCGGGGAAAGCUUUUGGAGUUGGCAAUAGAUCAGUGAUUCUAACUUUUCUAUUAGCAGAGGAGGAGUUUUGCGAAAUUCAACUCCCACCCAUCGCUGAUACUUGUUCAACAAUACUGGGAGUGUUUAGAGAUUGCUUAUGUAUAACGCUAAGUGGCACUCAUCAAACAUAUGAUGAGUUUUGGGUCAUGAAAGAAUAUAGAGCGAGUGAGUCUUGGACUAAAAUAAGAAUCUCCAUGCCAUAUUCGACCAUAUUGUCACAUAUUGGUUUCUCUACAAAAUCGCAUGAUCUUAUGGUGUACGAGAAUUCAUUGAUUAUGUACGACUUUAAGAAAGAAAGUGGUAGGAAGCUACAAAUUCGUGAUAUACCUAAGGUUGAUACUUGUGUGGGGGUUUAUGUUGAGGGGCUUUUUCCACUUACUGAUCAAGCUAGAGAAGGACGAGAGUCGACGUAG